AUGACCCACGUCGUCGUCCGCGGCCUCCCCUUCAGCACCCGCCUCGCCGGCACCCACGCCAAGGACCUCAUCGCGAGCGACAAGGCGCGCGCCCAGAAGCUCCUCAAGGGUAUCAACCCCCACGGGCCGCUCGCGUUCUACGAGUCGCACCGCCGCCGUCGUGAGCACGAACGUCAUGAGCGUCACGAGCACGAGCGCCAUGAGCAUUACGAGCGUCACCGACACCAUCACGCAGGUGGUGCCGCGAGCACCGGUAGUUCGGGCACUGGGUCGACCGGCACUGGCACUGGCACUGGCACUCCGUCAGGAGGUUCCGGCACUGGCACCACGUCGGGCGACGGUGUCGAUGUGUCUGACGCCAGUGUCAACUACAACGCAACUGUCGGCGUGGGUUCACCCGCCACCGACUACACGCUCCUUAUUGAUACUGGUAGCUCCAACACCUGGGUCGGGGCUGACCAGAAGUACGCGCCGACAACCUCUAGCAAGAGCACGGGUAACACUGUCAACGUCAGCUACGGCUCUGGCUCCUUCUCUGGAACCGAGUAUGUUGACCAGGUUACGAUCGCCCCGGACCUCGUGAUUCAGCAGCAGUCGAUCGGCGUCGCCACCCAGGCGACGGGCUUCAGCGGCGUGGACGGUAUCCUUGGCGUCGGCCCCACAGACCUCACUCAGGGAACCGUUUCGAACACUACGACUGUUCCCACCGUCACGGACAACCUCUUCUCCCAGGGCACCAUCUCUACCGAGGUCCUUGCCAUCUCGUUCGAGCCGUCCACCACGUCGGACCCGGCCAAUGGCGAGCUCACCUUUGGCGGCACUGAUAGCACGAAGUACACUGGUGAAAUCACCUAUACGCCGAUUACCACGACGUCCCCUGCGUCCGCCUACUGGGGCAUCAACCAGUCGGUGACAUACGGCAACAGCACGACCUUGCUUUCGGGCAAUCCGGGUAUCGUCGACACCGGCACGACUCUUCUCCUGCUCGCGUCCGAUGCAUUCUCCAAGUACGAGAAAGCAACGGGCGGCGUCCUGGACAACACGACCGGGCUGUUGACCAUCACCGAGGCGCAGUACGAAAGCCUGGAGUCGCUGUAUUUCGUCAUCGGCGGCACCACGUUCGAGUUCACGGCCAACGCCCAGAUCUGGCCGCGUGCGCUGAACUCUGCCAUUGGCGGGCAGGAGGGCACCAUCUACCUGAUCGCGAGCGACAUCGGCAGCAACAGUGGCUCCGGUCUGGACUUCAUCAACGGGUUCGGCUGGCUGCAGCGGUUCUACAGCGUCUUCGACACCACGAACACGCAAGUCGGCAUCGCGACCACGCCGUACACGGAUGCGACGACGAACUGA